UUCUUCCUCUAAUUUAUAGCUCCGAUUGCCUUUGCCCUCCACCUCCCGCCUUCUCGUUUCAACAAAUACUCUCUAAAAAUUUCUUAUUCGCCACAGCCACCGCUACCGCUUCGCCAUGGCUAGGGCUACCGUCGAGCUCGAUUUCUUCGGCAUGGAGAGGGAUCAGUCCUCUUCCAAAUCUCAGUUCCAGAAGUUUGUCCAUCGCCAACGAAGCUUUCGAGGCAUUCAAAGCGCCAUUUCGAAGAUUAACCCUGAGGUUCUGAAAUCUGUGAUUGCGAACCGGAAAUCGGACAUUAAUGGCGUUCAGUUUGAAAAAUCGAAGAAAUCGUUUUCGGUUCCUUCUAGCCCCAAAUCGGAUCAGAUUCUGUUUCCUGCUUUGCCUGUUUUUGUGCCUAACGCUACCAGGCCAACUUCAGAGAACCUUCCUGAAACAGCUCCAAUAACUAUUUUCUAUAAUGGAAGCGUCUCUGUUUUCGAUGUUCCUCGUGAUAAGGCUGAGAGCAUUUUGAAGAUUGCGAUGGAUGGAAGCAAAAAUGUUACUGAAUCAGCCACCGUUGAUCCGAAUCCAUCACCUCUUUCGAACGACCAAACACAGCUACUUGAUUCUCUCAAUGGAGAUCUGCCGAUUGCACGUCGGAAAUCGUUACAGAGAUUUUUGGAAAAACGCAAAGAAAGGAUAACAUCAGUAUCCCCGUACUUGUGCGAUAACUAAAGCGUCAAAAACGCGUUGCGACUGAUAAGACUUCUUCCCAAAGGCAAAGAAAAGGACCGAAAGAAGAAGCAGCUGAUGAAUAUAUAUAUAUAAAAAUCUAAUUCAAUACAUUAGCUUUAGGAUUAUAGCUAAUGGUCUUGAAAUUAUUAAUUAAUAUAUAUAUAAUUAGUAUUUUUACUCGUUUUCUUUUUGAAAGGAGCUGAUGGAGCAGGUUGCUUUUUUCCUCCUUUUAAUGGAAGAAUACAGUACCUACUUACUACUUAUAGUACUAGAAAAGAAAUUUGAAUAGUAGGAACUUGCGUAGUGGUUCAGUUUCACGUUUUAGUAAUGCCUCUUUAAACGUACCUUUGUUUGCUUGUAAUUUUUUCCUUCUUUUGUUGGGGCAAUUAAAUUUGCUGUCUGCCUACUCUUCUUUCGUAUCGUAUGUGUUUUGUUUUGUUUUGUUUUUUUAAUUUGUAAGCUUACAUUAUUACUACUAAUUACAGAGGAGCCCACACAGUCACAUGUAUAUUUACCACUUUAUACUAAUAUAUUUAUUAUUAUUUUUUUGUUCAA